AUGCUGCCACAAAGGACAAUGGAAUACUUAUUUUAUUUGGCAUUCUUCAUUCUACUACUAAGAUUCGCCGAUGCCGCCACAGUGCGCACUUCCGAAGAUGCGCCCAGCGAGAACAGUCUUAAAGCGCCACCCAAACGUGACGUCAUGAGACGUGCUUUCGAAGAGUGCAGAACACAGCUGAGUUGGAUGUGUUUGAAAAUUGAAUUUGUGAAAAUUAUGGAGCGUUUGAUGGACAAGGACGAACUGAGUCUGGUGCCUGGCGUUAGUAUAGUGCGGAAUGUCAAUGCCACGAAAGUGAAGAGCAACGAUUUAAUGGCAGAAGUGGCACGAAGCUACCCGAAUGACCCCAACUCAAGACUCAAUGGAUACAUUGUGAACAAAUUGAGUAGUUUUCUGCAAACACAUUUCCUGCGCUUCAAAUUGAUCGAUAGUGAAACUAUGACGGAAGCGCGUUCAGCUGCGGAGACAGGGCGUAAAGGCAAAUUUGGCAAAAAGGGUGGCAUGGAGGCUCUCAUCGCCGCUGGUCUUAUGAUGAAGGGCACUCUUAUGGCCAUUGGUAUGGGCGCUGUUGCAUUGAUGGCUGGCAAAGCACUCAUGACGGCGCUAAUGGCCUUAACACUAUCCAGCGUAUUGGGUUUGAAGAGUUUGGCCUCCGGCGGUGGUAAGUCGACUACAUACGAAAUUGUUUCAAAACCCGUAUACACUUCAAGUCAUUCGCACUCCUAUGAUGAAGGACACGGGGGCGGACACGGUCAUAUGGCAGGUGGACACAGCGGAAGCGGUUAUGGGGGUUAUGCGCGAAAACUGAAUUUGGAGUCACCAAAUGAGCUGCAGUGA